GCCAAAACUUAGCCAAUAGCUGUGUCUGAAGGUCCUUAUUAUGAUGCUGUUUAAAAUGCUAAAACAGAAAGUGAAGUUUGUCUGUAUGUCCAAAAUAUAUUUAUGAAACCAACAGUAAGUUAGUGACAGAGAAUACUUCUAGUCGUCUGCCAGUGUUUCUUCGAUGGAGGACGGAUGGGGUGAAGGACCCCAGAGCUCUGGCUGAAGAAGGUGCAGAUUUAAGAGAAUCCCAAGAGAAGAAAUCCACAUGAACUGCCAGAAGACUUUGGGCUCAAUCAGACCGACUUCAGACCAGAAGAUGAGUGUUCCUGUGGAGAAAGAGGAGGACAGAUCAGAGUUUCCAGGAUCCAGCUGUGAGUCUCUGAAGAGUGACUGGUCCAAAUAUCAUCCUCCAGACUUCAGUAAUGAACCUGGACCCUCAGAGACAAAAGUUCAGUCCAACAGACAGAGAUCAGAACCUCCAGGAUCCAGCUGUGAGUCUCUGAAGAGUGACUGGUCCAGAUCUCUUCCUCCAGUCUUCAGUGCUGAACCUGGACCCUCAGACCCAAAGAAGAGGAGUUAUGUGUCUGAGAAGAAGCAGCCCACCUGCUGUGUUUGGUGUCAGGACGUCCUGAAGGAUCCGGUCUCCACCAGCUGUGGACACUGGUUCUGCAGACGCUGCAUCACCUCAGACUUGGUUCAGUCUACUUCACCAGGAGACUCCUCCUGUCCCCAAUGUGGAGUGAAUGUUGGUCUGCAGAAGGUUUUAAAUGAACAUAAGAUCAGUCUGAGGAGGAGAUGUGAACGUGUGACUGAAGGAUGUGAAGAAAAGAGAAGUGAUGGAACAGGAAGUGGAACCCUCCUCAACAGGAUCUACACUGAGCUCUACAUCACAGAGGGACAGAGUGAAGAGGUUAAUACCCAACAUGAGGUGAGGCAGCUUGAGACAGCUUCCAAGAAGAAGACCUUCAGUGAAACUCCAAUCAGGUGCUGCGACAUCUUUAAAGCCUCACCUGACCAACAGAGACGCAUCAGAGUGGUUCUGACCAACGGCGUCGCUGGAGUUGGAAAAACCUUCUCGGUGCAGAAGUUCACUCUGGACUGGGCAGAGGGCUCCGAAAACCAAGAUGUCAGUCUGCUGGUUCUGCUGUCGUUCAGGGAGCUGAACCUGAUCAGAGAUGAGCAGUACAGUCUUCUCAGGCUGCUCCAUGUUUUCCAUCCAACAUUACAGAAGGUGACAGCAGAGAAGCUCACUGUCUGUAAACUUCUCUUCAUCUAUGACGGCCUGGAUGAAAGCAGACUUUCACUGGAUUUCAACAACCAUGAGGUCGUGUCUGAUGUCACACAGGAGUCAUCAGUCAGCGUGCUGCUGACAAACCUCAUCCAGGGGAAGCUGCUUCCCUCGGCUCUCAUCUGGAUCACUUCCCGACCCGCAGCGGCCAAUCAGAUCCCUCCUUCAUGUGUCGACAGGGUAACUGAAGUACGAGGCUUCACUGACGUCCAGAAGGAGGAGUACUUCAGGAGGAGGUUCAGUGAUGAAGAUCUGUCCAGCAGAAUCAUCUCACACAUCAAGACCUCCAGGAGCCUCCACAUCAUGUGUCUGAUCCCAGUCUUCUGCUGGAUCACUGCUACAGUUCUGGACCACAUGUUGACUACAGACCAGAGAGGAGAGCUGCCCAAGACCCUGACUGACAUGUACUCACACUUCCUGCUGGUUCAGACAAAGAGGAAGAAGCAGAAGUACGAUGAGGGACGUGAGACGAGUCCACAGGAGCUGACGGAGGCUGACAGGGAAGUUCUUCUAAAGCUGGGGAGGCUGGCGUUUGAACAGCUGGAGGAAGGAAACAUCAUGUUCUACCAAGAAGACCUGGAACGCUGUAGUCUUGAUAUCACAGAGGCCUCGGUGUACUCAGGAGUUUGUACAGAGAUCUUCAGAAGAGAGAGUGUGAUCUUCCAGAAAACAGUCUACUGCUUUGUUCAUCUGAGUGUUCAGGAGUUUCUGGCUGCAGUCUACAUGUUCCACUGUCACACCAACAGGAACAUGAAGGUACUGGACGACUUCAAGGGAAUAAAGUACAAGCACAGGGACUCAAAUCCAAAACCAAAGUAUUUUUUUGAGAAGAUUUAUGCGUUUUUUGUUAGAAGCGCUCAUGGCCAUGAGACCUGUUACCCAUCCUUGGUUGAUGUUCUCAGCAGUGCCAUGGAGAAAUCUCUGAGGAGUACAAAUGGUCACCUGGACCUGUUUGUUCGCUUCCUUCAUGGCCUCUCUCUGGAGUCCAACCAGAGACUCUUACGAGUCCUGCUGGGUCAGAUAGACAACAGUCCAGAAAUCAUCCAGAUAGCCAUCAACAACCUGAAGAAGAUGAAUAGUCCUAAUCUUUCUCCUGACAGAAGCAUCAACAUCUUCCACUGUCUGACAGAGAUGAAUGACCACUCAGUCCAUCAUGAGAUCCAAGAGUUCCUGAAGUCAGAGAACAGAUCAGAGAAGAAACUCUCUGGGAUCCACUGCUCAGCUCUGGCCUACAUGCUGCAGAUGUCAGAGGAGGUUCUGGAUGAGUUGGACACAGAGAAGUACAACACAUCAUGGGAAGGAAAACAGAGACUGAUUCCAGCUGUGAGGAACUGCAGAAAGGCUCGAUUUAUUUGCUGUGGACUCUCAGAGACUCACUGUGAAGUCGUGGCCUCAGCUCUGAAGUCCAACCCCUCCCAACUGAAAGAGUUGGACCUGAGUCACAACAACCUGCAGGAUUCAGGAGUGAAGCUGCUGUUGGCUGGACUGCACAGUCCAAACUGUAGACUGGAGACUUUGGGAUUGAUGGACUGCAGUUUGUCAGAGAUCAGCUGUGCUUCUCUGGCCUCAGCUCUGAAGUCCAACCCCUCCCAUCUGAGAGAGCUGGACCUGAGCCACAACAAGCUCCAGGAUUCAGGAGUGAAGAUGCUGUGUGAUUUUCUGCAGAGUCCACACUGUAGUCUGGAGACUCUGAGAUUGAUGGGCUGCAGUUUGUCAGAGAUCAGCUGUGCUUCUCUGGCCUCAGCUCUGAAGUCCAACCCCUCCCAUCUGAGAGAGCUGGACCUGAGUUGGAACUACAGGCUGCAGGAUUCAGGAGUGAAGCCGCUGUGUGAUUUUCUGCAGAGUCCACAUUGUAGACUGGAGACUCUGAGAUUAAGGGACUGCAGUGUGUCAAAGAUCAGCUGUGAUUCUCUGGCCUCAGCUCUGAAGUCCAACUCCUCCCAUCUGAGAGAGCUGGACCUGAGUGAAAACAAGCUGCAGUAUUCAGGAGUGAAGCUCCUCUCUGAUCUGAAGGAGAGUCCACAACGUAGACUGGAGACUUUGAGAGUCUGAUUGAUGAGGGAGGUGGAGGUGUUGAGAGGAUCAGCUGUGUCCUGAUGAUCCAGAGAGGUUGAAGCAGCACCAUCAGCUGGUGGAUGGAGAGGCUCUGACUGGGCAGAGAGGAGAGCUUCAUCCAGCAGUGACUGAUGGACCAUUUCAUCAACUGGAGAUGACUGUCAGUGCUGCAGUCUGAACUGCUCUGAGAUCAGCUCCACUGAUCAGCUCCACUGUCACAUCCAGCUCUUUGUGUUGGGGCUCGUAGUUCAACUAACUGCCCCCCCUACUGCCACCUGGAUUUAACAAGAACAGAAACAACUUCAUCUUGUCCAAACAUACAUUUAGAAGUGUGCACAAUAAAAACACAAUAACAUUAAAAUCGUACUUCCUGUCGCUUCAACAAAUAUUAAUUUGACAUGCUAGUCACGAGAUAAUGGAGCAUCAAUAAGUUGGUAAAGACUCAGCAUGACAUUCAACUUUACAUGACACUGUACAUUAAGCGUGCACUCAGUGAACUGAAGGAUUUAUUCCUUUUCAUCGACUGUCUUUAUGUCGCAGGCUUCAAGUGAAAACAUGUCGAUUAUCAUAUUUCCUGCAGCAUCAACAAAUUCGAGUUGAAUGUGCGACCCUGAAGUUGUCCUGUGGAGCUUUUUCCCCUCUGAAGUCCGUGUUGAAGCAGUUCUGAGCAGCAGCUUCAUGUUCUGGAGCUUCUGCUGGAGCUGCUUUCUGCCAGCAGGUGUCACUGUUGAUGUUGUUUUCCCCCUAAACUGAACUGACGUGAUGAUUUCUUUUUGACUUCAUUUGGUCAAAAAUUAAAUGUAAUCAUUAGUAGUUCAAAUUGAUUUAAAGACACAAUUUGUCAGAUUUAUGCAUUCCAUCAUCUUAAAUGGACUCCACCUUUGUUCCAUAUGUUGUUCAAAGUUUACUUUCCAAUGCCCUUCAAGGUGAUGAUGCCAGCAGCAACUGUGAUAGGAAGCAGCAAAGAUGAAUAUUGUUACUGUGAAUCACUAGAGUGCAGCCAAGGUCUCAACCACGACCAAUAUAUCUGCAGAGUUAAAGACACACAGCAUCCUCACAGUUUGACUACAGUAUAAGUGCAUUCAUCUGUUAUUGCAACUACUGAAGGUGGAGCUCAUUUUAGAUACUUCAGUCUACAAUGACAUAAUUUGACAGUUUAUUGAUAUUUUGUAUUUACAUUUAUAAUGCAUAAGUAACUAACAUUGUUAAGUAUACUAUGUAAUGGAGUAAAAUGUACAAUAUUUACCUCUGAAAUGUGUGAAACCAAUAAUUAAAAUCAUUUUAAUUCAA